UUACAAAUGGUCAUUUUUUCCGCAAACAAUCAUCCAAUGGAACAUGUUACCACAAGUUGUAGUAGCAUGUCAAACAAUUGAAACCUAUAGAGAUCAGUUGACACCAACUGUUCUCCACAACAUAAAUUAAUUCUAUAAAUACCAAUGUACUAUAUUUUUAAUCACUGUUGUCUUUGUUUCAUGUAAAUAUCACCAAGUAUUCUACAAAUUUAAAGAUAAAUUUUUGUUCAUAUAUAAUUUUAAUCAUAUACUCCGCGCAUGUAACAGUUCGUAAUCUUCAAUAUAAAUGAAGCUGUAACUGUAUACCAGAAGAAGAAGAAGAGAAUAGUGUAGGUUUCCCUACCAAGGUGUGCAGUGCUGAAGGAGCUGUGUUAUUUACACAGUCCUCCUCGUGUCUGAAGCAGACAAGAAAGCCACAUAAUUAACAUAUAUUAUAUGGCAGAACAAUUUUUUGAAGGAGGCUAUUACCCGACAGAAACAAAGACAUAUUUUCUUUGAUAUUAAUUGCUAUUAAUCACGUGAUUGAACGUAUACAACAACCGGAUGCUGUAAAAAGGAAUAUUGUGAAUAUUGUUCCUUGAUCAUGUCGAUGGCAAGUCAUUUAACAUGUCUUGUUUCGGUUUUUUGGUUUAUUGGAACUACAGAUGCAGGACAGUGUAUCAAAUACAGUAUUUUUAGUGAAUCAUAUUAUGAAUAUUGUGCCUUUGGUUGUUGUGGUUAUGGGUCUUUAGAGUAUUGUUGUUCAGCAGUAUGGCCUAUAAUUGGAAUGGUAGUGGGAAUGGGUGUUGUGAUUGCAGUUAUUGUUACCAUUAUCUGUUGCUGUAGAAAAAGUCGAGGAGCUAGAGGAAUGGUGUGUCAGACAAACCCUGGAACUGGUACUACAGUUGUGACUGCAGGACAAGUCCAGUCCGGAUACCCAGUGCAACAAACAGUAGUGACUUAUCCUGUACAGCCAGCUGGUUACACAGCAGGUUACACAGCAGGGUACCAGGCACCGCAGAUGCAAUACUACCCACCUAACACAGGCUACCAACAGGUACCACAAGGAUAUCCGCAAUAUCCAACACCUGUUCAAACUGGAUAUGUUGGUUCAUCAACCACAGCAUACACUGACCACCCAGAGGUAAAAGCUAGUGCCCCACCAAUGGAACAACCACCACCAUACCCUCAGUGAACCAGCUUUUUUUUUUUUAAUUUGUGAUAAUAGUUAUUUGUUACAUAUUGUAACAUACAUUUUGUUACUGAAGUUACAGACUCAUAGCUAGGAGCCUUGGACUAACUUAUGUGUGUACAUUGGGCAUCAUAUAUAUGUACAAAAUUGUUUAAUCUGAGUCUUGGAUAGAGACUAUUCUCUUCAGUUUAUCAAAUGUAUUUAGGGAACAGGUAAGUUGUUUAUGUUUAUUCUCUCUGCUAGCAUUCAGGGAGAAACUACAUGUACAGUAAAUAGCUAAAUCUCAUAAACUGUUGAUAUAUCUUUUUUUUUAUUCGACAAUUUGAUGUUUUUUUUUUUAUAAUUUCUUUAAGUUCCAAAAUUAUAAAUUGAAUCAAUGAACUUAAAAAAGAAAUGCUGUAUUUGUUCAAAACAUUUUUCUUUUUACAUAUUAUGCUACCAUGAAAUGACAUCAUGUACAGAUAUUAGCAGUAGAAACGUAAUAAUACACAAAUUUGCUGAGAAUUGAUAUAUGGCACAAAACAUUGGUCCCUAAAAAAAUUUCUGAAUUGACAGUAUUAGAUAUGAAGAGCAUUAAACAAAAAAUCACGUUAACAGUAAUUUUGGUGCAAGACGAUAAAAUGUACUUUAUUUAUGAUGAUAAAAAAAUCGACUGAUUUUGAUAAAUCACGUUAAAUUCUUUUAAAAAAAUAACGGUAACUGAGACCUCUGACGAAUCGUGAUAAGGAUAUUUUGACGAAUCACGAUAUAAUUUUAACCUAUUGGAUGCUAACAGUAGCCGAAAAUGACUGUUUUACGCCUGACGGUAAAGGGCAUUCUUACCCUCCUAUAUGGUAAUGUACCUCAAAUCAGGGUUGGCAAAAACCCGGGUUUUAUGAGUAUUGCCCAGCCCAGUGGGAAAUACUGGGAAAACACGGGUUUUACCGAGUAAUACUGGGUAAUAUGAAAUACUGGCCUGAAUUUUAAAGAGGAUUCAGUGAUUAAUCACAAAUACAAUACAUUAAAGUCGAAGAAUUCAAUUUGUUCUUUUUAAUAAAUAUAACUAAUAUUAAGAAUUAACAAUUCUAUGUAACAUGUGUAAGGAAAAUAACUUUUAAACAUUUUUGUUCAUUACUAAAAAUGUUUACUAAGUUUUAGCAUAUGUUUAUAUACAUCACUAAUUAAUAAGUAAUUAUUCAGAUUAUAAUACAGAUCUGUUUAUAUAACAAUAAUCAGCCUUUUGAUUACUAUAAGUGUUCAAGGCCUGUCCCCUUGUUUUAUUUAGCAAUAUGAUUGUAUAACAAUUAAAAUUUACAAUUCAUUUAAACACUGCAAUAGAAUGCAUUUUUUCAACUUGGAUUUAAUAUUGAAACAAAGCUUGGAAAUUAACAAGGUAUCCUGAAAUGUCCAAUACUUGUAUUCUGCCUACAUAGAAUUAGUGGAGAAAAGGAAGAAAUUGAAUUUUCAAUCUUCAGGAAUGACUCUCAAUGGUUAUCUGUAUAGAAUGUAUAUAUUUAGCUAUAAUACUAUUAAGCUACAUCAAGUCUUUACUAUUUUGUGUAAAAAUAAGCAUGAAAAAUCAUUUUCCCAGUAUUGCCCAGUAUUACCCAUUUCUAGGAGUAUUGCCCAGCCUGGGAAAACCCAGGUUUUCCCACCCGGGUUUUCCCGCCUAGGUAAUACUAUGCUAACCCUACCUCAAAUAUGUAUGAUUGUUGAUUUUGUUUUAUAUUAGUGCAAUAAGUUAAUGUUUUAUCUUUUAAAUAUAUUUAUGACAUUAUAAUGUUCAUAAGUUGUCUAUAUGGUAAACUGUAAAUUCAGAAAUUAAACAAUGUUUUUAUAAAUGCAAUAAAUUGGAGGACUUGACUGGUAGUGUUUCUCUCUACAUAUUGCAGUUAAUAAAAAAUUCCAAACAAAUUGCAUUUUGUUACAUCUAGUCAAACAGAUCAACUUGUCAGUCAUUUAAUCAAACUGCUCUAGGAGAGUUUUCAUGGCAAAUAAUUCGACUUCAUUUCCCCCUUUUAUAUGAAAUAGUGAACAGAUGAGGGAAUAGUUUAAAGGUUAAAUUUGACAGUGUUAUAGCAAUUAAAAAAUUGUACCUUACCUUCAAAUGACAUUAAACUGCAAUAUGUGACAGUAGUCAAGUCACAGUAAAUAAUAUCAAAUUGUGUCCCAAAGUUGAAAAUUCAAAAUGAUAAAAAAAAUGCAUUAAAUUCUGUAUUACAGUAUUAUAGAUUUCUGAUCAUAAGUAUUUAAUAUUUUUGUUAUAUUUAUACACUAUAUGCAUAAUAUAAAUUGAUAUGCAAUUUAAGUUAUAAUGAUUCUGUGCUUCAAGAUUAGUAUAGUGGUUUAUAGGGGAUGGACAAACAUAGUUGAGUGUAGUACACGUUCCUCUCUUCUUUGAAAUUUCCAAAAAAACAUUUUCAAGCAUGAAAAUUUACAGGCAAAUUUUCUGUCUUCUUAUUCUAAAUCAGUAAAACAGAUUUUGUUGGAUUAUAAAAAGAAGAUGUGGCAUGAUUGUUUAUGAAACAAUUAUCCACCAAUAAUUAAAGAACAAGGAUGUAAUAAACUACUGGUAAAAACGUCUCAUUCAACAUGUUUGAAACCCAUUUUGUAAAUUAAGCUUUAAAAGCCCUAGGGAUAACAAAAGUCAAACAAUUCUAACAGCCUGAUCGAAGUUAAUAGCACAAAAUGAAAAACAAAUAUGACAGACAGCACUAUAACAGAUGUGCCUUCUUCUUUUGACAACUAUUGCUUCCUUCAAAUUUUAUAAAGAAAAUGUGGUCUAUAUAAGUUUUGUAUUUUUAUGCCCCAUUUAUGGGCAUUAUGUUUUUCUGUCUGUGUGUCUGUUCGUUCUUCCGUCUGUCUGUCCGUCUGUCCCGCUUCAGGUUAAAGUUUUUGGUCUUUCAGGUUAAAGUUUUUGGUCAAGGUAGUUUUUGAUGAAGUUGAAGUCUAAUCAACUUGAAACUUAGUACACAUGUUCCCUAUGAUAUGAUCUUUCUAAUUUUAAUGCCAAAUAAGAGUUUUGACCCCAAUUUCACGGUCCACUGAACAUAGAAAAUGAUAGUGCGAGUGGGGCAUCCGUGUACUAUGGACACAUUCUUGUUUAUUAAUCUUUCAGACACUCAAUCAGAUCUAUCACUUUUCCCUGUUAGAGAUGUUUGUCGAGGAGCCAUCCCGUUAGUUUAAUUAACUUUAAAUGAAAAGAAUAUAGGAUGUACAAAGUCCAAUGUUGACACUGUUGAAUUCGUAACCAAAAAAAGAAUCUGUUUUGUUUUUGUAGGGUGCUUAUUUGCAAUUCAAAUCUAUGACCUGGCCUGAAAGUAUCCUCUUUGUUUUGAGAUAAUAAUUUCAUCACCUUAAACCCAUUUUUUCUAUGUCUUAUUUAUAAUAUUAAGUGGAAUAAACUCGAGAGACAAAUAACUGUCUAAAGUGCAGGAGCUUCUGGGUUCGAUCCCAAAUUGAUUAGAACAAAAACAUGAAAUUUGUAUUUGUUGCUUGAUAUGAUGAUGUGCAGAUUUUCCCACACGAUCAUAGCUUUGGCACAGAAUGUAGUGUAAACUGAAGUGUGAAGAUUAUUGUACCCAAUCAUAUGUGGGGUUAAGGCAUUGAAAAGUUAACAUUUACAUGUGUAAUUCAAUUCACCCUAUCACAGUAUGGGUAAGGGUUAUAUUGGCAUUGAAGUGUGCAACCAAUCACAGCUUGUAUGAGAGGUGAAGUGGACAGAAAGUGCACAGAUAACUUCACCAAAUCACAGCUGGGUUAAGAUAUAUAGUGGAAAUUCACAUUUGCAGAUUAUUUCUCCCUUUCACAGUCCGGGGUAAGAUGUGAUGUGAACAUAAACACAUGCAGAUUACUUAGCCCUAUUACAACCCGGGUAAGGGGUGUAUUGGGCAUUUUAGUAUCACUUCACCAUAUUAGGGCCUGAGUGAGCAAAACACAUUGCUCAAUCUCAGCUGGGAUAAGAUGUGUAGUUAAAAUUUACAUAUGCACAUCACAACAUGUCCCCUUUUUAUGACUAUGCAUAGGUCUUUUUAAUUGCAUAAGUUUCCAAUUUCACUCAGUGUAGUGGUAUAUCAUUCAAGUAGUCAAUAAUCAGUUAAGUUGUUUGGAUAGGACUGCAACCAGAAUGUUAUACCAUUAUAAAGGAGAUAAUGUUAACCCUUUUAGAUAAAAAAAAUAUUUUCAAACCUUCACAACUCGAUACAAAGUACAGAUUAUAUUAUGAAUUGAACAAUUGUGGUAAUGCUUGUAUACCAUAUUAAAAUAUUUUUAUAGAAUUUAUGUUAUUUUGCUCUUGUGAUUCUAUCAUGCUUUACCUUUCCCUUUAAGGUUGCCAUAUUUUAGAAAAAAUCAAAUUCUCUUUUUAUAAAAAUGUGCAAAACAGAAGUUUUGUAACUUUUGUUUUAUUGAUGUUAAUGAUAUAAAAUUUUACACUUAAUCAUUUAACCAGGCAUUAUAACCACUAUACCAAUUUAAUCUUUUUUUAAAUACUCAGUUUAUAUCUUAAUUUUUGAUAUGCCACAAAAUCUCAAGCCUUGUCGAUGAUAGUUAAUGUUGACUGGUGAUCAGUUAUGUGUGAAAUAGACUUGUGUAUAAAUUCACAUGAUAGUGUAAAUUUUUUAUACUUGUAUAUUGUAUUUGUUUAAUGUUUUUCUCACAAAAAUUGUAAUUUAGUACAUAAGAAAAUAUCAGUAUCUUGUGUUUGAAUUAAAAUCAGGAUGGCAAAAGUAAAGAAAUGUCUGGGACGUAUAUAAUUGGGAAAGUGGCACCUUUUUAAAAGUGCAGGUUUAAGCUAGAAAAUGCUGAUUUUAUUUAGCAUACCAAGGUAACAGGUACGUAAAUGGAUGAUCUCGCAGAAUUUUAUGAAAUUUUGCAUACAACUAGAGCACGAGGGACUGCACAUGAAUAUCGAAAUAUUUAUACAUAUUACUUUUAUACUUUCUGAGAUAUAGCAAAUAAAAUAUUCGGAAAUUAGUACUACAAAUGUAUAGAAUACACUUAAAAAGUUCAGCAAUUUUGACUUAAAAUUAACUUUUCUGGAAAUCCUGUCCCACGAAUUUUCUUUGAAAAUGAAAUGUUAUUGCUACUGAAAUUUCCGUUAUAUUGAUAUAAAUUUUAUAGGGGGUCACUGAAUUCGUUUUUUGAGUAAGAAUAGUUUAAUAAUAUUCUAUAUAAUGUGGAAAACAAGCGGAAAAGGCAAAAAUAAUUCUGACGUCAUCGCUAGAAAUUAUAUUAUUCGACGUUUUAUGAUAUUAUUAAGAGACUUGAAUGAUUUAUACAUCAAAAACGAAUUUGGUGACCCCGUAUAAUUUUCAUAUACAAGUAAAUAAAAUGGAAAUUUCAGUGGCAAUAACAUGUCAAUUUUAAAGAAAAUUUGUAGGACACGUUUUUGAGAAAAGGCAAUUUAAAGUAAUUUUUUUCUAUAUUUUUUUCAAUAUUUACGUGCAUCCUAGACAUUUGUACUCCUUUCUACAGAAUAUUCAGUUUGUUAUUUAUCCGAAAGUAUAAAAGUUACUUAUAUAAUUUUUCGAUAUUCAUAUGCAGUUCCACAUGCUCUUAUUGCUUGCAAAAUUUCAUAAAAAACAGUGAGAUUGCCCAUUUAUGUACCUGUUACCUUAACCAGUGCACUGUUAAUUUGACUUGCAUUUCGGUUGUUGGCAUGUGCUUAUCAUUAAUGGCAGCCAAAAUAAUCGGGGCUUUUAGUAUUUCAGACAUACUGUUUCAGUUUAGGACUAACAGCUGAACUACUAGAGUGUUAACUUAAUGCAUAAAAGUUACAUUUUCUUGUUUGUUAGUUGGACCAUAAAUGGCUAGCUAUUUUAAAUUUGAAAAACAAACAGUUUUUAAAUUAUUGUUUUAAAACCUGUCCAUAGUAAUACCAAAAAGUUAUUUUGUUGGAAUCUUUCAAUAUUUUGUCAGCAAACGGUAUGUUGAUUAAUGGUCCUCCUAAAUAAAUCAGGAAACUUAACUGCUUUGGUUUUGUACAUACUCGUGUAUGUAUGCUGUAAAAGUUUUUUUCUUGAUUAGAUGCAUAAAAAUAUGAACUAGUUCAUUUCAUCAGAUUAACAACUGUCAAUUUGUUUACUAAUGUUAACAGUUUUAUAAUGACAAAAUGAAAACGGUAUGACAUAUUGAUUAUUUCAAAAUGGCAAUUUAUCUUCAAAUAUCAAAAGUUAUGAGAGUAUAAAUGCCUACAAAAUAGAUAGUACAUAAUUAAUAAUAGGAUUUAUUUUAUGUUUAUUUUUGUUAUGGAUAAUAAGGUUAUAUGCCUUAAUACUCUAAUGUGGUAUUUGCUUGAUUCAAUUAACAGGUAAAGUUUGUAAUCAAAUUUGUGUUACUGUUAACAAACAGUUGUUAUGAAUCUCUACAUUUGCAGAAUAAACAAAUAAAGGUUAA